AUCGCCAUAAAUUGUAGGAAUUCCUUCGAGCGUAUAUUAUUCCCUCGCGAUCUGUGGAAGACUUUUUGUGUGAUUCGUCAUCAUUGAUCCUCAACCCCUUGUUUGGAUCGAAAGUUUACAAGAAAACUUAAGCAAUAUGAUGGCUAAUGGAGUAGAAGGACAUAAAUAUUCCAUAGUGAAACCGGGUGCCGAAGCGAAGGAAGGUGAAGGGCCUCCUCACGUUUGCUCGUUUGACCAACCCUUUUGUCUGCAACCUUUCCCAAGUGAAAAGUUGAACACCUUUUAUGAUAUGCUUUGUCGUGCGGAGCGUAUGUAUCCAGAUGGGAAUUCACUGGGUCGCAGGAUGCGGAACAAAAAUGGGGAACUGGGAAAGUUUGAGUUUAUGACAUAUAAGGAGCUUAAAAAGAAAGUUUUGAGCCUUGGUUCUAGUUUUCUUCGUUUAGGUUUGAAAUUUGGAGAUCAUAUUGGAAUCUUCUCAAAAAAUUGUCCAGAGUGGCUAAUUGUCCAUCUUGCUAUUUCUUCUCAAGGAAUGGUAUCUGUUCCAGUUUAUGAAAGCUUAGGUCCAGAUUCUGUUGAGUUUAUAGUGAAUCAUUCGGAUAUGCGCCUUCUUUGCAUCAGUUCAGAAAACCUGAACAAAGUACUGGAGAAUAAGGAGAAAUUUCCCAAGUUGGAAAAGGUAGUAUUGAUGGAUAGAGAGAACUUGGAUAAUAAUGGGCUACCUGAAUAUGUCGUUGAUAUGCAAAAGCUCAUUUCAGAUGGAAACGAUUCAGAAGAAGUUUAUCCCAGUUCAUCAGAAGAUAUAUUUGUGAUAAUGUAUACUAGUGGUACCACUGGAAAGCCAAAAGGGGUUAUGCUACCAAACAAAGCAUUUGUAUGUGAAGUAGCUGGUAUAUUAAGAGUGAUAGAGCACUAUAAUAUAUCGUUGACCAAUCAUGAUGUGACGAUGAGCUAUUUGCCUCUAGCACAUAUCUUCGAGCAGGCGUUGGAAGCUGUAACAAUUUGCUGUGGUGCUCAACUUGGUUAUUAUUCCGGUGAUAUUAAAAACUUGACGGAUGAUUUUAAGGCAUUGAAACCAACAUUUCUAAUUGGUGUCCCACGUGUGUUCUCACGGAUUGAAGAAGGAGUGAAGAAACAAGUUGCAAAUUCUAGUUUUCUCAAACGUUCAAUGUUCCACUUUGCAUAUCAGAGACAGCUUCAAAGAGUGAAGAACGGUUCUCGAUCGUGGCUAAUGGACAAACUAGUGUUUAGCAAGUUAAAGGCUGCAGUUUUUCCACGUUUACGUUUUAUGGUAUCUGGUUCUGCACCAUUAUCGGCAUCAACGCAUAACUUUUUAAAGGUUUGCUUUAUGGUUCCAGUAUUACAAGGCUACGGACUAACGGAAACCACUGCUGGAGUCACUAUAUGUGGUCCAGAUAAUCCUGCAGGUUGUGUUGGAGGUCUUCUGCCUGUAGCGGAAAUUAAAUUGAAAGAUAUUCCAGAAAUGAACUAUACAUCCAAAGACCCUGUCGCACCUAAAGGAGAGGUUUGUGUCAAGGGUCCUGUUGUAUUUGUCGGAUAUUACAAGGACGAACAGGCGACAAAGGAAGCUUUCGAUGAAGAUGGUUACUUCUGUACUGGGGAUGUUGGUAUGUGGAAUGAGGACGACACCCUUUCUAUUAUAGAUCGCAAGAAGAAUUUGUUCAAGUUAGCUCAAGGAGAGUAUAUUUCACCGGAAUAUCUGGAACAACAGUAUGCUGCUUGUAAGUUUGUUGAGCAAAUAUGGAUAUAUGGCAAUAGUGAAGAAAGCGAACUUGUUGCUGUGGUGCAUCCAAGUCAACAAAAGUCGGAACAAUGGGCAGAAGAGAAUCAGAAAACGAGGGAUUUCAAGGAGCUUUGCAAGGACAAAGAAUUCAAAAAGGCAGUUUUAGAGGAUUUGAAGAAAGUAGCCAGAAGCAAAUCUUUGAAAGGCUAUGAAGCUGUGAAAAAUAUAUAUCUCGAACCAGAAGCAUUCUCUAUUGAGAAUGAUUUGAUGACGCCAACGAUGAAGCUUAAACGUCCAGCAUUGAGUAAAAAGUAUCAAAAGGAAAUUGAAAAAAUGUAUCAAGAAACACACAAAUCUUGAAACAAGAAAAAUGAAAUCCUAUAAAGCAUUUAUAAAGUUUCCUUUUCUCUUCCAGUUGGGUUGGACGUAGUUGAGCUGCCGAACUUCGCACCCUCACUAGCUUUCGCAGAAUAUGUAGCCAAAAGAUAAUCGAUUAUUUCAGCAGACUCGAACAUACUUGUUUGUGUGUUUGGAUCUAUUAAAUAAGGAACUUGAAACGUCCCAGUGAUAUGUCGAAGUUCUUGUCGUUUCGGUGAACCUCUUGCAGCAUUGUGCAACAGAUACGGAAGUUCCAACUCGCAUAGAACAACUCUCAAAAGUUCCUAAAACUAUCCACUAAGUUGUUUCACUUUUUCUUGGAAGGACAGUCACCCUGUUGGACAUGUUGAGAAUAUUUGUCGUCUCUGGGACACCACAACAAAAUGUUGCCGCUUAAAAAACUCAUAAAUCUUUUGAGUUCACC